AUGCCUUUUUCUUUUGAUAACAUUGUUACCCCACAGGAUGAAAAGCUCCAACACGCCUUUGCUGACCUUCGGGUCCAAAUGGCUUCUCUCGCAGACACUAUUCCUGAGGAUCGCAUCGAGUUGGUGAUGGAGAAGGAGGAAUGGUGCCACUCAUGGGAGUGCAUCAUGUGCGACCUUGACCAGUGCUCAAUUGACGGGAAGACCUUUGGUCUCUCGUUCCCAUUGAGUCCUGAAGAAGCCGGGAAAGGUCGCCAUGGUUCCGAGGCCUACAACUACUUCCGUGCGCAACUUCACAUGUUGAGAGCCAAAGCCAAGUGCCAAGCUUCCAAGCAUGCCAAAGAAGAACGUUGCUGUGAGGAGACUUUAGCAAGAGACAAGGAUGUUAGGAUGUCUGCCGGUGCCAAUGACAAGUGCACUGCUGAGGAAGAAGGACCUGCCAAGGUCAACACUGGUGAGACUGGGGCUGAGGAUGAGGAGGAGGAGAGUGAGGAUGAUGAGGAGGAGGAAGAGGAGCGCCCUAAGCACGCUUCGCCUAAGAAGGCCACGGUUCCAGUGAAGCAGAAAACACCGCGGAUGAGUGUCGCUCCUGCACUUGUCAUUCACCAGGACCGAUGCGAGCGGUGUGUGAAGCAAGAUGUCCGCUGCCAAGGCCUGCCUGGUAUGGUCUGCCAGAACUGCAAGGCCGCUUGGCAGGGAUGUAAGCAUUCAAUGCAUAAGGGAAAAGGUCGCGCAAUUAAGCCGUUGCCGCGGCCGAAGGCCUGUACUGCCUCAACCGCGGAGUCCAUGCCCGUGCCCGGACCUUCCAAGGGGGUCCUUAUCCGCUGCCCACGCGACACCAUUGAAGUUUUGGAUGAGGAAGAUGCCACGGAUAUGUGA